AUGGAUCUCUCGAGGCUCACGCGGCCCGCCAUUCUGUGCCAGUGUUCUCGAUGUUCGAGUUCGCUGGCUGCGCUCGAAAAUGACUGGGCGAAGCUAUCAAAUUCCUACUCCCUCGUUGCGGGAUGGCUAAGCGUCGAUCUUCAUCGGAUUUCGAUUUCGUCGGAGAAAAAGCAAGUGCCGCAGUCGUCGGAUAUGAACUUGUUACGGGGUCGCAUCCUUCAGGAGAUCUCAUGCAAGCUCUGUCAGCAGAAAUUGGGUGUCCUGUGUACACUGGAGAAUGGGCCCAACAUCUUUUGGAAGCUCGCGAAAGUGGCAUUUAGGGAGAUUGUGACGAUGCGGACGGUCGAACCCAUAUUCAAAGAAGGAGCGCUCGAACGCAUUCUGAAUUCGACGACUAAAGAAGGACGACGGGAUCGGACAUCUAUCCAGCCAGGUGCUCUGAUACCUGCUGGUUCGACAGAAAUGGAUGGAUAUGACGUGUCUGUAUCGCGACAAAUCCAACAUCAGGGCUUCAGCAUCGAUCACAUUUCGAGUUCCGUCAAUAAUCUGCAUGAUACCAUGUCGGAACUGAAACAGGCUUUCACCGCGCUUCGAAUCGAAUUGAACGGUCCUGGUCGACUUUCCCUUGAAACAGGGAACCCUUCGAGCAGCGAUUACGAUAUGAUAACGACGGUUUUAAGGGAACUCAAGUCGAAGUCGGAGGAAAUCGAAAGACUAAAACUGGAAAUGGAGGCAGUGAAAUUGAAAAACCGGUACUUGGAAGAGCAAGCAGCGAAGCAGUCUCUACCUAUGGCGGACAUGGAAGGGGCACUCCCGCAAGUCCACAGUCCAAGUAUACUGCAUGGUAGCAGAAAACGUUCAUGGCCAGAUUCGUUUCCAAGUGGGCGCACGGAGCCUAUUGCGGAUUCUUUCGACGAUGAAGGAGACAUCUUCGAUGAUUUCUCCGCGGUGGAUACGCCGAUGCAGUCGAUGAAGAUCCCAUUAAAAGAUCCCGAAGAAGCUCGCAACAUGGCAAACUCGAUAUAUGCACAAUCAACGCCAGGUUCACCAAGACUUAACGUUGAAGUCCCUCAACACCAGCAACAAACCCCAACCCUCGGUAAUACGAUAGAUUCAGCACGCGAUAGCAGCGAGCAGCAACAUGCCAUCAUCAAGCGUCCGCGUGUUUCCCAGUCAGUGGAUAAAACUCCAUCCAACGGCGGACCCGGAAAGAGAGGACCAGGCCGGCCACGGAAAUCAAUUUCUCAACCCACAAAACCCGAUCUCACGACCCCUAAGCCGUUAGCGCCCAAGCAAACUCCCUUAAAUGAGCAGACCGUUAACGUCAGCGGUGGCUCGCAGAAAGAGCGCUCGCACUGGGACGGCAGUCCCGAUGAACAACAAUCCACAACAAGACGCGGACCAGUUCGGCCACGGAGUACACGUAGCCGAUCAAGAGCACCAUCAGUCCCGCCAGCAAACAGUCGCAAGAGUCGACAUUCAGACACAAACGGGAACCAUCCAGAACAUGCCCCGCCGCCGCCAACCGUCGAGAUCAAAGGGCAAGAGCCCUUGAUCAUCAAAGGAGAAGGCAUGGGAGCCACGGAUUCUAAAAAAGAGAACCCGCCUCAGAAUACGGAAGAGGCGGAGAAACGAAAGGCGCGGGAUUAUAUGGCGCGGAUGGCGAUGCAGCGGGAAGAAGCGAUGGAGACGGAGGAGGCUCGAUAA